UGUUCAAGAGAGAUUACAUAUCUUCUUCUUAUUCAGUGAUUUCAUCCCAUCAUCGUUUGACCCUUACAACUAAACAUGGCUUCCAAGAUAAUGCUGUUAAUCUUCACUGUUGUCAUGGUAACUGCCUUGGUAACUGCAGAAACUUUCGAUGAUCUCACCGAUAAUGAUCUUAAUGAGAUGGAAGCUCUAAUUUUCAAAAGAGCUGAUUCAAAUGAAGUUGACAUCGGAAUGGACUUUGAUGACGACGAUAUGGAGAAACGAGGCCGUGGAAAGGGACAGGGAAAAUUUUUCCGCUGCAUACAUCCAUUAAAUGGAUUUUCAUGUGUCUGUGAUAAGCGAUAUCGCAAAAGUAAUCCCAAAUACUACCGGGUAUGCGGACAUCAGUGAGAAGCCGAAUAUCCGACACUGGAAUGGACCGGCAUUAAACUCGGAUACGAGAAUCCAUGGACAGACAUCGAAAAUAAAUCAACUCCAUUUAUAUUGAAGGUGCAACCCAAAUGUGGAUGGAUUAUAACACUAUUUUGCAUGCCGUGAUACCAUGACUUGGUAGUAAAUUAAGUUGAUAUUCGAGGAAUCGAGGAUUGAGUUUUCUAAGCCUUUUGGAAGACUAAUUUGUGGAAAAUGCAGGCUACAUAGAUGGCCUUCUAUGAAUAUAUAGUUAUAUUGGAAUGUUGAAUAGAUGUAUUGACAAACCUACGAUUGUUAAUUUCCAAGGGAGUUUGAAUAAUAGUUCCGAAUGUGUUUGUAUUUGUUAAUAGUUUAUAUAAUGUUCGAUGAUCAAUGAAUCGCACACAGUCAUGUAGCCGACUCCAGACAUGACAAAAUCUAAUAAUAUUAUUGCAAAAUAAUAUCGGUCGGUAAAGAGUUAGCAUAUAGUGAGAUGUAGGCAAGCUUUUUCGGCUUUCUUUUUAGCCGUUGCAGUGCGCCUAGUGUGUUAACACGCACGAAAAAAAGGAAAAUUAAAAAUAGCGAUCCAAUUGUCAAUUUCCGGCUUGUGUAUGAAAGUCUAUAUUACGGAUUUCACUCUCGUAAUAAUUAUUUGAAUAUGAUUAAUUGUUAAAUAUCCAAGACAAUUGACAAUCUUCGGAGAGCCAAUUGCUUGUUAUAUAUCAAUAAAAUCUGGAAACUCAUUACACACAAGAA